AAAGGGGAAAGGCAAGGAAAAGAGAACAAAAGAGGCGGAGGCCAACGCUGCGGCCGUCGUUGUCGUUCUGUUGUAGAUUUGUUUGGUGCUAGAGUUCACCACAAGAAGACAGGCUCGCGAGGGGGCCCCAAGAAUCGAACGUGCUUGUGGCUUGAGAACGAGUUGCGACUGCGGAAUUUUAUCAUCUGGGGCCCUUUGAUCUUCUACAGGUCCAGGGUAGUUUGUUGGAUUUCGAGCAGGAUUCCUUGGCGUGCAGUGGCCUUCGGAUGGGUUGGACCGGACUGGACUAAACCGGAGAAGAAUGCAUGCAUGGCUGCAGAGCUGUGCAGUGGUGCUGUUUGUUGUUGACAUUCUCUAGCAGGAAGGUGUAACCGAAGAGGCGAGCUCUGAUUCCUCGCUCGCUUGCUUGCUUGAUUUCCACGGACUCCACGAGGAGGAGACGGCGGAGAAGGUGAUCAAGCACACAGGACAGACAAACAACUCAGACAAAAUGCCCGGCGCCCAGCACAAGAAGCAUCACAAGAGAUCGCACAAGAAUUCUGUGCACGUCGAGAAGAAUGGGGAUCAUGCGGAGCCUUCUGGAGAUACUCCGACGGACAGUCCCAAUGGCAGUGGGACUCCUCGAGCCCUCGAUAGCCCGCAUGCCAACGGGGCGGGCAAGGAAGACCUGGACAGUCUCAAUGGAUCCGGAACUGAGUCAGGCACGAAUGGCCACAGCGUGGGUGACAUUUCCUCGUCGGAUCAUUCCGACGUCGGAGAGGCACACCAUGAAGAGAAGAGCAAGGUCCAUCACGUGAGUCGAGAGCCGCAGACUGAGGAAGUCAAGAUUCACAGUCUGAUUGAACUGAACAGCGUGCUGAUCAAAACCGUGGCAGGGCUGAGAACGGACAAGGACGAACUGACGGGCAAGAUUUCUCAUCUGGAGGAGCAGCUGAACACUGUCACUGCAGCCCACUCGAAAGAAGCCCAAGAUGUUAUCAGCAGCCUCGAGACUCAGCGCAUCAGUCUCUUAGAUGAGAACAAGGCGCUUCAAGAGAAAAGGCGGGCCCUGGAGAGCGAGAAGGCUCUGCUCGAGAACGAGACCUCUGGAUUAGCCACCGAAAAGUCCGCCCUGUUGGAAGAGAAGUCUGCUCUCGCGAACGAGAAAAUCGAGCUGGAGUCUGCUCUUUCUGAAUCCAACAGGCGGCUGGCUGAAACGUCAGCCAAAAUCAAGGAGGCUGAGAGGAUUUCGGAGGAGGCAAAGGCACGAGUUUCAGCUCUCGUUUCGGAGAAGACCGAGCUCGAGUCUGCUCUCUCUCAGUCCACCAAACUUCUGGCCGAGAGAUCAGCUAAGAUCGAGGAGGCGGAGCGUGCCGCAGGGGAGGCCAAGGCGAGAGUACAAGCUCUCACGAACGAGAAGAAUGAAAUUGGAAGUGCGCUCUCCCAGUCCAGCAAGCUCCUGGAAGAGAGGUCAGCUAAGAUUGAAGAGGCUGAGCACGCUGCCGCCGAGGCGUCAGCUAAGAUUGGGGAGGCAGAGCAUGUCGCCUCUGAAGCGAAGGCAAGAGUGGCAGCUCUUGUCCACGAGAAGGAAGAGCUCGAGAGCGCUCUCUCGCACUCCAGCAAGCUUGUAGACGAGGGAGCAGCUAAAAUUGGAGAGGCAGAACGCGUUGCUUCAGAGGCGAAGGCGAGAGUAGAGGCUCUUCUACGCGAGAAGGAGGAGCUGGAGAGCUCUCUUUCAAAGUCGAGCAAGCUUCUUGAUGAGAGAGAAGCCAAGAUUCAAAAAGCAGAGCGAGCUGCCAAACAAGCAACUGCCAAGAUUACUGAGGCAGAGCAUGUCGCCUCCGAAGCCAAGGCAAGAGUAGAAGCUCUCGGGCAUGAGAAAGCAGAGCUAGAAAGUGCCCUCUCCAGUUCGGACAAGCUUCUCGAAGAGAGAGCAGCGACGAUUCUAAAGGCAGAGCGUGCUGCUGCUGAGGCGUCUGCCAGGAUCAAGGACGCAGAGCGUGACGCUGCCGAAGCUAAAGCGAAGGUCUCAUCUCUCAGUAGUGAGAAGGAGGUGCUGGAACGCCAGCUAUCAAACUCUAGCAAGCUUUUGGCUGAAAAAUCAUCCAAAAUUAAGGAAGCUGAGCUUGCUGCUGCUCAGGCCCAGGCCAGGAUCCAGGAGACCGAGAGCGAUGCUGCUCAGGCGAAAGCCAGGAUCAAACAUCUGGAUGGAGAGAUACAGAAGCUGAACGAUCUCCAUCAAAAGAAGAUUACCACUUUGGAAAAAUUGAAUAAUCAGCAAUCAGCCGAGCUGUCUUCUUUGCAACGCAAGACUGAAGAGUUAGAGGCCGAACUGCAAAAGCUUUCUCAGUCUCUUGCAUCUGCGCAGGAGGAGGCAGUUGAAGCCAAGAGCACUGUAGAAACCCUGCGAUCUCAACAGGAGGCUUCGAAACAAGAAAAUUUGCAUUUGCAGAGCAGAUUGCAGGCUGCCGUGGACCACUCAGCAGAUUUGGAGAGUCAAAAUAGCGAACUGACUUUGAAACUAGAGGAGUUAGAUCGCCGAAACAGCGAAUUGAGCGCGAAGCUUGGGGUUCUGGAAUCCACACUUACAGGGUUGCGAGAGGAUUUGGAAGCUGCCGAAGAGAAGGCUAAUGAAGCAUCACAAGAAGUCCGAAAGGGGAAGGAUGCCAAUGAAGCUUUGCAAGAGGAAAUCUCUGCAAUGCAGGAAAAGAAAGAGCUCAUCGAGAAGGAGUUAUUUGAGGCGAAGCAUUUUAUUCAAGAGCUGCAUGAGGCUAUCAGCAGCGCCCAGGGUAACAUGGUCACCCUGGAGAAUAAAGUUGCUAGUUUGCAAACGGAAAGGAACACUCUCAAAGGAGAGAACUCCAAGUUGGAGGAAGCUUUGAGUAGUGCAUCCGAGCGCUCUGCGAAACUUGACCACGAGAACUCGGAGUUGAAUGCGAAACUUGAAAGCUUGGGAAGUGUGGUAUCCGGUUUGCAAGGGGAUAAUAGUGACCUUAACUCUAAACUGGCUUCCCUUGAAAGUACUGUCGCCGGCUUGCAAGUUGAGCUCAAUGGAGCGAGGACGAAAGCCGAGGAGGUAACACGUGACUUGCAAACGGAGAGCGAAACUUCAGCUUCGUUGGGGGAGGAAGUCCUAGAGAUGCAGAGGAGAAGAGUAUCUCUCGAGGGUGAAUUGGGAACCGCAAGGUCAUGCAUUGAGGAUCUCCAGGAGUCUAUCAGAAAAGCUCAUGGAAGUAUCUUUAAGUUGGAGUCUGAAGUUGCAGAUUUAGUAAGCGAAAAGGCAAGCCUAUUGCAGGCCAAGGCUUCCAUAGAAAAAGAGCUGGAGAAGGUGUCCUCAACCUCUGUUGAGGCUUUAGACAAGCUUGAAGAGCAGUUGCUUGUUUGGAAAGAAAGGGCUAGGUCUGUGGAGAAGACCUUGGAUGAGGCAAAAUCUGUUGCUCAUUUGAGUGAGGGAAAGGUUGCUCAGUUACUUUCAGAUCUAGAGUCAGUCAAUAUGAUCUUGGCACAGAGAUCAACCAAGGCAGCAAAGUAUGCGUGGCCUGCUGUAUCCACGAGUGCCCUUGCUGUUGUAGGCAUUCUGGCAUUCUUCAAGUUUUCCAAACGUCGAUGAUAGGUUUUUCGAUCGCUUUAUUUUACAACCCAUUGUGCGUACUGCACGCACAGAGUCCGGCUUAGUCUGCCUGGCGUCGGGUUGAACUGAAGAUAGGAGCUUGAAACCGCAACAGUCAGCAGAGUGCCGAAGGCGCUGCUGUCAAUAUUUUGGCAAUUUUGGGCUUUAGGCACUAUUUAUCAAGUAGGAUUGAUGAUGACUUGAAUCAUCUUGUACAUUUUCAUCAUAAUUCUAGUGUAAAGUCAGAUAUCCUGUUUCGCUGAAGUACGUUGUCUAAGCAAUGGCUGAAGGUGACUACUACCUACAGCAAGGUAAUUGCCAGGAGGGCUCCCAAAGUUUGUGAUAGGAAUUUACCAGAAGCAGUUCAAGUUCUCAGAUGUCUGUUUCCGUUACAUAUAUUAUUGCGGCUGACGAUGCCUAGUCACUACGUUUUGAGUUUAGAUUUUUGAGUUGAGCUUGUACAUUAUCUGGCACACACCAGUAGUAUGUUAAGCACGUAGUGCCUUUUACAUC